CAAAAUAAGUGUUUAUGUAAAUUAAUUAAUGAUUUUGCAUUGUAGAAUUUAUAUAUGUAUGCAUUUUCAAAGUGUUUAAUUUAGUGUGUUGUAUAAUUUAUUAAAUUCCCAAGCUAAUAUUUUUCAGCAGUGGCAUCAUUGACAAAUGUUAUGAAAGUUUUGACAGCUCUCUCUCGAACCCAAGAGUUUCGUAUCAAGUUAUCUAUGGCGGCAUAGGCAUUGAGUUCGAGAACGAGAGAGAUAGAUAUAGAGCGGCAAUACAAACGGGGAUUUUCUUCAAAACAAAAGCAAAACAAAAGUGACAUUGGUCGAUUGCGUCCUGCAGUUUCUAAUAACUUCUUACGUAUUAACCGUUAUUCACCGGCACAUUUUUCUGUGGUUGUGUGCUUUCAUUUUUCAGACUGUUUAGUGGAUUGUAUGAAUAGAUAAUUUUUAAAACAUCACAUCACCAGUGCAGUAAGUUCUUGAAGAAAAAAAUUGUUAGAAUGAGUGAUGGAAGAAAGCGACUUAGUGGAGCUGAGUAUAAAAAAAGGCCAAAAUUAAAAAAAAAGAACAAGAACGGAUUAUCUGUAAAACCAUAAAAAUUGACAGUUUUCUUACAAGUGACAGUAAAAGCAGUGUUGUUAGACCAGGAAAUUCAACCACAUGCAUUGAUACAAUCCAAUCUGAAAAAAAUGAAACGGAUUUGAGCUCUGUGGCCCAACAACAACUGUCGCCUGUUGAACAAUCUGCUUUCGAAAAAACGGAUAAUUAUGUUUUUGAUAAGGAGGCGGUAGAUGAAUCAUCAAUAAGUAUUACAGUUGAAGAUGCGUCCCCAAAUCAGACGUCAAGUGCAAGAAAUGACCAAGUGCUAACAACGGUAAAUGUAAACAAGGAUCCAGCUUUAUGGGAAAUUAACGAUACUUUAAGGGAGAAUAUCGCAAGGUCCGGCUUCGAUCAAAACAAAUAUUGUGACUUCUCUCAAAGUGAAAAAAUAUAUGCCGAUCAACGUCGUUUCUUGCCAGUGGGUAUCUUCCAAAGAAAAAUGAAAAAUCAUGAAGUGAAAGACCGAAAUUGGCUUGUUUAUUCUGAAACAAAAAGAUCUAUAUAUUGCGGACCCUGUUUAGCAUUCGGUCCAUUGGAGUAUAAGACCCAGUUCGAGAACGAAGGAUUUAAUGACUGGAAAAACGCAGAACACCGAGUAGCUCAGCAUGAAAACUCUGCACGUCAUAAAUCUAGUAUUCUUAGUUUGAAAGCUAGGAGUGCGAUUGAUGGCCGACUCGACAAUUUGCUACAGGUCCAAAUUGAUGAAGAAAUUAUAUAUUGGAGAAAUGUUCUGAAGAGAGUUGUUGCGGUAGUGAAGCGACUGUGUUCAAGAGGCCUUGCUUUCAGAGGCAAAAAUGAAAAGUUCGGUGAUCCACAUAACGGUAAUUACUGUAUGAUUUUGGAACUGUUAGCGGAAUUCGAUCCUUUUUUAGCCAGUCAUAUUGAACGAUUUGGGAAUCAAGGAUCAGGCAGUACCAGUUAUUUAUCAAAGACCGUUUGCGAUGAGUUUAUCCUCUUGAUGGGUCAUAAAGUCUCAAAACAGAUUGGAGACGAGAUACGAAGGGCGAAAUAUUUUUCUCUAAUCAUAGAUUCAACACCAGAUAUAGCACACGUAGAUCAACUUACUCUUGUUAUUAGAUACGUUUUAGAAUCAGGCGAACCGUGUGAAAGAUUUGUUAAGUUUUUGCCGUCGGUGGGACAUAAAGCUGAAGAAAUGUUUUCUGUCAUUAUUUUGGAGCUCGAAACACUGGGCAUAAAUAUUGAAGACUGUCGUGGGCAGUCAUAUGAUAAUGCCGCGAACAUGUCUGGCAUGUACAAUGGCUUGCAGGAAAAAAUUCGAAAUCAAGCACCUUUCGCAUUUUACGUGCCUUGCUCUGCCCAUUCUUUGAAUUUAGUGGCAACUGCCGCUGCUGAAUCGUGUAUAGAAGCAUGUCGCUUUUUUAUGACGCUACAGGAAAUUUAUGUUUUUUUUGUAAGCUCGACACAACGCUGGCUUAAAUUAAUGACUGAAAUCGGGAAAGGCAAAACCCUGAAAAGAGUGAAUCUGACACGUUGGUCAGCGAGGGAGGACGCGUGUAAAAGCUUGAGAGAUUCUUGGCACGAAGUUCUUAAGACUUUGGAAUCAAUCAAAGACGAUACACAACAGAAAUCGGAAAAAGGCAACCGAAAAGAAAAAAAAGAUUUGAUGAAACAUCAGAAGAAGUUAUUACAAUGA